GGUGCAAUAUGCGGAAGUAUCGAAUUGAAUAGAAUUGAAUAGAAUUGAAUGGAACCACGUGACCACGCAGCCGUUCUAGUUCUUACAGUUUGUUGGUAAAACACGACAUUGAUUAAAUUAAAAAGAGAUGUUCCGAGUUUUGCUCUAGGGGUAACAUAUAGGGUUUAGCACUGAACUGUAUGGGUUUUUUUAGUUAUCCAGCUAACUCAGUAAUCCUGCUUUGUGAUAGUCAACAGGCCCCGGAAGUCUCUGAUUGUUGCCAGCUUCACGGAGCUCCGACAUAGACCUGUAUAUCCAUGGCAAGGUUGCUAAACCUCUUGUAUUGUUAGACAAAUAAAACGGAGCAGCCAUGGAUUUGGUGCAGUUUGUGGUGUCCCUGUUGGACCUGCACAAGCAGCAGCUGCAAGCUCUGGCUUGUCAGGGGGAGAUCCAGGCUGCAGUCCUCUCACAGCUGCUGGAGGGGGAAGGGCCUGGGUGCAUGGGGGAGGGCCUGCGGACGCCAAGAUUGAAGCUAGAGGAAGGGAACCCAGAGGCCUACUUCAUUGUAUUUGAGCAGGCGGCUGCCUCCUGCAGGCUGCCCAGGGCAGAGUGGGGUGCCAAGCUGGCAAGGCUGAUAGGCCAGGAGGUGCAAGAGGAGGUGUGUCCCAUCUCCACAUCGUCCACUUUACCUGAUUAUGAUGCCCUUAAAGCCAAGAUACUAAGCAAAGCGUGGGCAGAGGAGGACCAGAGCCGACUGGACUUCCUGUCAGUGAGGUACGACCCCCUGAAAGGUGUCAGAGAGCUGGGACAGAAGCUGGACGGGGCUGCAAAACGCUGGCUCAGGCCCGAGCGCAGGACUGCUGUGCAGGUUGAACAGCAGGUUGCCAUGGAGCAGUUUGUCUCCCUCCUGCCAGAAGAGGCUGGGGCUUGGGUGCACAGGCGGCACCCUCGGGACAUGGAGAAAGCCAUCCAAUUGGCGGAACAUUUUCUGAGCCUAUCCAGUGAGGAAAGCUCUUCUACCAGCGCCACACCCACAAGACAGAUGGACACAUCAGAAAGACAGUCUGAGCCAGGGGACAGAGGGACUGCUAAACAACACAGAGAUUGUGAUGAAACGGGCAUCAAAGAAAACAUACCCAAGUCGUUUCUGAACAAGCUGGAUACAGUAAAGCUGGAAUCUGUCCAUUUCAGUCUGGAUAUCCCGGAGCUGGAGGUGAUUUACCUGGAAGGAGAGGAAUUGGAUGAAAACCUUGCUCUCAAGCAGGAAGUGAGUGAGCAAGGUUUCCCAAUUGCCACAGAAACACCUCAGAUCCCUACUGACAGAGAGCGUGCUCCACAGGCUGCCCUUCUCUGCACUCAGGACCUCCUACAGGAAGAGUGCCCACACAGGAGGAGGAGGCUAAGGACGAAGAAUCAAUCAUCACUCACUGCAGUAGAGAGGAUCAUAGUGGGGAGCUCAGAGCGACACAAGGGGACUGUACCACCAUUAUGCCAGCCCAGGAAACAUUGUAACAUCACCCUGCCCCCCCUUGCCCCACCCACCCCCCCUGAGCCAGCUUCUGCCCCCUCUGAACCAGUUUCCACCCCCUGUGAGGUUCUGUCAGUCAGCCCUCAGCUGGCUCCGCCUCUGUCAUGCAGCUCUGCCCUGUCUCAGUAUCAGGAUGCAAUGGCCAAUAGACGUCUAGAUGACAGGGAGGAUUUUAUGUGGAGGCCUUUGUUGUCCAGACUGGGCCUGAAGAGAAAGCAUCCUCACACCAUGCUGGACAGCACCCUGCCCACCUGGAGCAAGGAUACGUUACCCUGUCCACACAAACCCCGCAUCCCUGCUGACCGCGCCUACGCCCACUGCUGCCCAGACUGUGGCCGCUCCUUCACACAGGUGAGCAGUCUGCAGGAGCACCGGAACAUCCAUACAGGGGAGAAGCCUUUUCGCUGUGAACAGUGUGGGAAGGCCUUCCACCAUAGGCGCACCCUGAACAAACACAGCCGUGUGCACUCUGGGGAGAGACCCUUCCACUGCUCACAGUGUGGCUGGACCUUCAAGCUCAAGGAUGCGCUGAAGAGACACCAGCUCACCCACAGUAGGGACAAACCCAGCAGCGGCUGCCAGGCCAAUCUGGAUGGUUUUCGUAGCCUGUCUGAAUACCACCAACUUGCACAGCAGUUGUACUGUGAGGCCAACUGAGAAUGGCAGGCUACAUUCAGCAUGCACACUGAUUUGCUAAGGUUGUGCCUACACUACUGACAGAAACAGUACCUUAUAUAAUUACUUGCCAACAACCAGAGUAACAGCACUCUACAACUAGACAAUUAGUGCAUUGCGGUUUCAGUUCGUAACAGUUCGCUCCGUUUCACUGAUCUGAACACAGCCUUGGUCAUGCCAGUGACUGAGUGGGUAUGUUCUCAUGAUGCAUGAAGGACUUCCAGCCAUGUACCCAUGAAUGUAGUCCUGCCAUGUCAGUAAAGUGGUCCCAUGCUAUGUUUGGUUGUUCUUGGCAUUAAAAUGUUUUUUUUAAUUUA